GCCUAUAGCACUGCGCAUGGCAGCCUGCAUUGAGGCAGUGGGGAAGGAGGAAGAGAGCCAGGCUAGUGACAAUCAGCUCUCGGACUGGGUACAGGAGACUCUGGAUAAGGCCAGUUCUGUUUGUGUAGGUCCAGAGAGCGGUGAGCAUUGACUGGUGAAAUUCUCCAAUCAAGAACCUGGAGUAAAGAGAGGGUUUAUGUGCAAGUUGUGGCAGACAAGAAUGUGAUUAAGAACCCCUGUCAAAUCACUGUGAUUCCAGAUAGCAAAAGUCUUUUGGCUAAUUCAAAUUCCAGUUGUUCGUUGUAUCCUUCUUCCUGAACAACCAUGGAGGAUGAGUCUCCCAGCCCUCAAAGUGAGGCAGUUGCUCAUGAUCUCCAGGAACUGUCCCUUCAGUCUGUCCAGCCAUUACCCCCUCUUAAGGAAAGGAAGAAUGAAGAUGACAACUGUGCAAAUCGAAAAGUCUGGGGGCUGCAGACACUUAAAGUACUUCAACUACGUCUACAGCAGAGGCGAACAAGAGAACAACUUGUAGACCAAGGCAUCAUGCCACCAUUAAAAAGCCCUGCUGCAUUUCACGAGCAGAUCAAGAGCUUGGAACGCGCCAGGACCGAGAAUUUCCUGAAACACAAGAUCCGUAGUCGACCAGAGCGCUCAGAGCUUGUAAGGAUGCACAUUUUAGAAGAGACACUGGCUGAACCCUCACUUCAAGCUACUCAGAUGAAACUAAAACGGGCCAGGCUUGCAGAUGACCUCAAUGAAAAGAUUGCGCAGAGGCCUGGUCCUAUGGAAUUGGUUGAAAAGAACAUCCUACCAGUUGACUCGAGUGUUAAAGAAGCCAUUACAGGUCAAACAACCUACCCUGAAACCGCAGAUGCUUUUUCAUUUGACGAAGACAGCAGUGAUGCAUUGUCCCCAGAGCAGCCAGCAAGCCAAGAAUCUCAAAGCUCAGCAGCCUCUCCUGGAGAAAUGAAAGCUAGUGAUUCAUCUUCUCCUAUGUCAAACACUACCAUUCAGUGCCAACCUAUAAGUUCUCCCCUUACUGACUUAUUCAAACUGGCACCUACUCCUCUGCCUACUCCUGACGUUAUUGUACGUUCUCCUGUAACCACCACCGUCCCAAAGCCUGGGCCAACACUGGUAAAGCAAAGCCAGCCCAAGAGUGCAAGUGACAAAUCUCGCAGUAAAAAGUCCAAGGAUCCCAAGCCACGGGUAAAGAAGCUGAAGUACCACCAGUAUAUACCACCAGACCAGAAAGGAGAAAAGAUAGAACCUGAAAUGGAUUCCAAUUACGCCCGUCUCCUGCAACAGCAGCAACUCUUCCUUCAGCUGCAAAUUCUGAGCCAACAGCAGCAACACUACAAUUAUCAGACAAUCCUUCCUGCUCCACUCAAGUCACUGAAUGAUAAACAAAUUAAUGGAAAUACAAUAAUCAACAAUAUGAGCAACGGCCCAACGUCCAUUACCACCCCCAUGAACAGACAGAAUAAUGUACCAUUUAAAAAAGCAGGACCGCUGCCGCCUAACUUGGAUGACAUGAAGGUUGCUGAGCUAAAAAUGGAACUGAAGCUGAGAGGUUUGCCUGUAUCUGGCACAAAAACAGAUCUUAUUGAACGUCUAAAACCAUACCAGGAUUUUAAUAAUAAUAAUGGUGUCACAACAAAUAAUACACCUGCAGUUUGCACCUCCACCACAAAUGCCGCAAAUACCAAAGAAGAUGUUGCUGUUACAUUAAAUAACUCUGUCACCACAACACAGUGUUUUUCUCCUGAUGUAUCUACUACAAGUAUGAGCAGCCAACAGCACUUAGAUAGCAUGAACUCUCCUUUACCGAUGUCCCCAGCCCCAUCAGAACAAUCCAACUUCAGCACAGAAGACACUAACAUGACGGACACCUUUGCAGAAAUCAUGACCAUGAUGUCGCCAUCCCAGUUCAUGAAUACAUCCCCUGUAAAAAUUGAAGACAGCGGAAGCACUAUAAACAUAGAUUUGGAUUCAGCUGAGAAAGACCGUAAGCUCCAGGAGAAGGAAAAACAAAUUGAGGAACUCAAAAGAAAAUUAGAACAAGAGCAGAAACUUGUAGAAGUCCUCAAAAUGCAGCUAGAGGUGGAGAAGCGUGGACAACAGGCAUGCUCUAAUGUUUUGUUGAAUGCGGACAAGACUAAUUUCACUGUUAACAUCAAGCAAGAGCACCCUGUGACUGACUGCCAAAAUUCCAAGCAGUCUGUGGUAUCAAGUUGUCAUUUACUGGGACAGACCACUGUUUCUACCAGUGGCCCAAGUAUUAUUGCCAACAAUGCUGUAGUCAUCAAGCAGGAGGUACCUUUAGCCAAACCCGAACAUCAGAAUAUUAUCCAACAAUUUUAUGUUGCUUCUCCAAGGCAAACUCAAACAGCAGUGGUCGCUCAGUCACAAGCGCUGCUGACCACACCAACAGCUCAGAUUUUGCUUCCAGUUUCUAUCAAAACCACCAAUGGGAUGCAACUGUCAAUGGUCCAGGCUCAACCACACGCGCCACCUCCAGUACUGACUCAAGCGCCCUCUUCCGUUUCAACUACAACUCUGGUCCAGGCACCUCCUGCUCAGAAGCAGGCCUCUACAGUCACCCAAGAGAAGUUCACAGUGCAAGCCCUGAACCAAAGCCAGCAAUCCAAAAAGGUUUGCCCUCCUGCAACAUCAAGCAAUGUGUUUUCUUACUCUCCAACACCAGUUACUGCAAAUACGCCGAUAUUUAGCAGCAGCGUGUCAUCAACUAGUCCUCAGCAGCCGAAAACAACCCAGGCUGUCCCUGUGCAGAAUGGCCCUGCCAACCUUCAUGAGGCAAAGUCUAAUUCCCCUUCCCAAACAUUUAUCGUUCAUCAGUCAUUGUUUAAUAACUCCACAACCAAAUCCAAAGAUCCUCCCCGGUAUGAAGAAGCCAUAAAGCAAGCACGUAACAUCCAAGGUUCUAAUACAGAGGUUUCCAAUGCACACAGCCAGCAGAUGGAUGAUCUGUUUGAUAUCCUUAUUAAAAGUGGAGAGAUAUCUCCACUGAUAAAAGAGCCUUCUCCUAUUUCGAAGAUGAGACCAGUUACUGCCAAUGUAACCACCAUGCCAGUGAACACUGUGGUGUCAAAGCCACCACCGCAAGUACACACAGCACCACCACUGUCUUUGGAACCAACUUAUAGUCUGUCUGUUAGCUUAGAAAAUCAAUUAGAAGCAUUUUUAGAUGGAACAUUACCACCAGGUAACAACAUUCCUCAUCUGGAAAGCCAAAGUGAUGACAGGGAGACCUUUUCUCUGAUAGAUGACCUACACAACAUCCUUCAACAUCCUAGCAUACUGGAUCAGGACUCUACACCCAUGGAGACUGCAGAAACACCUUUCACAGCAAGUGGUUGCUUAUCUUUAGAUAUCCAUGACACAAGCCUGGACAACAUGGAGUGGCUAGAUAUCACGAUGCCCAAUUCAGCAUCGUCUUUUACACCCCUAAGUUCUACUCUACCAAGUAUGUUUUCCACUGACUUUUUGGACACAAAUGACUUACAUUUGCAAUGGGAGUAAGCUUAUUUCCCAGUGGUUCUGAACAUGGGAUACCAGUUUGAUUACAUAGGCUGGAAAUAUGAUUGUGAUUAGGCUAAUUGCACCAUAUAGCAGAUAGAUUUGCAGCUAUUUCACUGCGUAUGAUUAUCAAAUCUUCUGUCUUUGGGCUACUAGAAAGAGACACUACAUUGUGCAUCAAAACAGGUAAAUGAUGACAACAAAGUAGUAUAAUGACCGAUGGGGGGGGAAAGAACAAGGGAUAGAAAAAUUACUCUGACAUGUACAGAAUGAUACAUCAGAUUCAACAUGUAGAGAAACAGACCUUUUUAUGUUUCACCUUUUGUUUUAUUUUUUAUUCUUUUUUUUUUUUGUAAAUUGAUUGACAAAACUGCACUUUGACUGUUCCUGUGAACAGGCUGAGCCAACGUGCAUUCUGUACUCCAUGGUAAAAACCGCUGGCUGGUUUAGUGUAGACUUUCACUUGGUAUAGAUUAUUCACUAGCGCAUGCAGUUCAGAGCAUGUGUAAUACGUAUCAUUGACAUUAUGGAUUAUUUGUCCAUAAACUUGGUUUCCGUUGUGAAUCCAAUGAAUAUUAAUGUACAGAUGUAGAAUAGUGAAAGGGCUGCAUUAUUACAAAACUAUAGUUCUAAAGUUGCAACAUAUUAAUGUGGUAAAUUAUAUUAAAGAGCAAGAUAUCACUAAGUGUGUUGCAUCAAUUUAUGCUUUUGAUUUUAUCUCUAAAUCAAAAGAAGUGGUAUAUGGUAUUGGAAACAGAAUUGUACAGGGGUAUCUUUUAUUUUAAUUUUUCCCCAUUUUGCCGUCUCCCCUUUUCCCUGAACUAAUGCCACUAAAUGGAUGUUCAUGGUCAUUUUUUGAUUAUGCUGUAAUAUAUUGUAAAAAAAAUGUAUGAAAUGAAUUUAUUGGAGGGAGUUUUGAAGUCUAAAUGCCCAACGCACAAACUUGACUUAUGGUCACCAUGGCAAACACACCAAAAUUAACAUACUUGCAAACAUGUCUUCUUGAUAUUUGGCUAUUAAAACUAAGAAUUUAUAAGAGUUGUGCUAUUUUAUCUCUCUUUAAUGAUAUAGGAUUAACCCAGUAAGAACAUGCUAACUGCAGUCCAGAAUAGAUUUAUGAAAACCAACACUGAAUAAUUAAACUUUGUAGUUAAACGUUCUAAACAUGACCAAACUGUGUCUCUUCAAGAACUGGAUAGCCACCUGUUAGGUUGUUGUCUGUCCAACUGUACGCUGGGACACAGAUUGGACACUCUUGCGCUGAUAUUGUCUAUUCAUAUAUAAACAUGAGCUGUUUUGAUUGGACAACUACAUUUAAAAAGGAGAGGAAGGGAAAAACAAACAACUGUUCACAACUCGCCACAACGGGUUGUUUAGGAAAUAAAUCCUGUUUGUAAGUUCAUUCCAAACAGUAUCACAAUUUGAAUACAUAGCAUCAAUGAAUAUGAACUCACAAGCAAAAAUCCCUUCUUUUUAGAUAUUACUGAGAAAAGAAAAAAAAUGCCCUUAAGUGUACAAAGGAAGCUGUAAAUUCAAAUUAAUUGUCAAAUUAUCAGUCGUGUGUAUGGUUCUUUAAACCUUAUAAAAGAAAAAAAGAAAAAAAGAAAUAAUUAGUUUGUUUAUGAAUGAUGCUCAUGACUUUUCUAGCAGGGAAAUUCUUUAAAUUCAAAGGUUUUUGUGACUCCUCUGAAGAACCCAAUUUAACCUGACACUGUUAUAAAAUGUACAGUACCACCGAUCUUUGGCUAAAGCGUGUGUUU